CUCUCCCCCCUCUUCCUCUCUCUCCGCCAGCCUUUGAGGAGCCAGUCCCUGAUGACCGUUACCAUGGUAUCUACUUUGCGAUGCUAUUGGCUGGCGUGGGCUUCCUGCUUCCCUACAAUAGCUUCAUCACCGACGUGGAUUACCUUCACCACAAGUUCCAGGGAUCCUCCAUAGUGUUUGAUAUGAGUCUGGUGUAUAUCGUGGUCGCUCUUGUCGCAGUCAUACUAAACAACAUCCUUAUGGAGAGGAUCAGUCUACACACACGAAUCACCGUGGGUUACCUGUUCGCUCUGAGUCCUCUGGUGUUCGUCAGCGUGUUUGAUGUGUGGUUGGAAUCCUUCACCACCAGACAGGCUUACAUCGUCAACCUCUUCUCUGUUGGGGUGGUCGCCUUCGGAUGUACAG